AUGCCAAGAAUUAAUAUGAACAGGAAAAUGAAUGCAUGUGUGUGCACCAGAGGUGGACUUUAUAAACUGAAGUCACCAGACUACUGGAAGGAGGCUUCCCUCUUCAUUGGCACUGACGAGCGACGAUUCACCUUUCACCAUCUCCCAGUGGAAUUCGGGAUCAGUGCGGCUGUCAUGAAGGGGAAAAUGUCAGGUGGACUGUGGCUGCUCUGCUUUCUGUUGGGAUGCAGCCGACUGUCGGCUUUCAACCUGGACACAGAGGACGUCCUGCGGAAGAGCGGAGAUCCAAAUAGUUUGUUCGGCUUCUCGAUGGCCAUGCACCGACAACUCUGGCCGGUGGAUAAAAGAAUGCUGCUGAUCGGGGCUCCGAGAGCCAGAGCCUUGAGUGGUCAAAGAUCCCAAGUGACGGGGGGACUCUACAGCUGUGACAUGAGCACACCCUCUGCAGGCUGUGUCCGAGUUAACUUUGACAAUGAAGAGGACAUUAGCAGAGAAAGCAAAGAGAACCAGUGGAUGGGAGUGACAGUCAACAGUCAAGGGCCAGGAGGCAAGAUUGUGACCUGUGCCCAUCGAUACCAGCGCAGGACCAAUGUGAGGACCCCCAUCGAAUCCCGAGACAUCAUCGGACGCUGCUAUGUGCUGAGUCAGGAUUUGCAAAUUGACCCUGACUCAAGCGAGGACGGAGGAAACUGGCAUUUCUGUGACAACCGGCCACGAGGUCACGAGAGGUUCGGGUCCUGCCAGCAGGGCCUCUCAGCCACUUUCGACAAGGACUACCACUACCUCAUCUUUGGAGCUCCGGGAGCGUACAACUGGAAAGGUGUGGUCCGUCUGGAACAAAAUAACGACACCCUCCUAGAGAUGGGCAUUUAUGAUGAUGGCCCCUUUGAGGCAGGAGAUGAGAACAAAAAGGAUCCUGAUCUCAUCCCAGCUACUGCCAACAGUUACCUUGGUUUCUCUCUGGACUCCAGCAUGAGUCUGACCAAGAAAGGUCAGCUGACAGUGGUAGCUGGAGCACCCAGAGCCAACCAUAGCGGUUCAGUGGUGCUGCUCAAGAAAGGCCCUGAAACAAGCAACAUUUUACUGCAUGAGUACACACUGGACGGGGAGGGUCUUGCAUCCUCUUUUGGUUAUGACCUGGCGGUGUUGGAUCUCAAUGGCGACGGUUGGCAAGACAUAGUGGUCGGUGCGCCUCAGUACUUCGAGAAGGAUGGAGAAAUCGGAGGCGCUGUCUAUGUCUAUCUCAACAAAGCCGGAAAGUGGAACAAGGUGACCCCCACCAGAAUAGAUGGGCCUGAGGACUCUAUGUUUGGCCUGGCUGUGGAAAAUUUGGGAGACACUAAUCAGGAUGGUUACCAUGAUUUUGCAGUGGGAGCCCCGUAUGAUGAUGAAGGUGCAGGAAAUGUCUACAUCUACCACGGAGCCGCCACAGGACUCAAAUCCAAAAAAGCUGCACAGAUUUUGUCUGGCCAGCCUUUUGGAGUGAGGAUGUUUGGCUACUCUUUAGCUGGCAACAUGGACCUGGAUAAGAACUCCUACCCGGACCUGGCUGUUGGAUCACUCUCUGAUGCCGUCUUUGUCUUCAGAGCCCGCACAGUCAUUGCCAUUAAGAAGGAAGUCAAGAUCACCCCAAAGGAAAUUGACCUGACUAAGAAGAACUGUGGGAACAGUUUCUGCCUGAAUGUUGAAGCUUGCUUCACCUACACUGCCAAUCCCAAGACCUACUCUCCCAGGCUGACUGUUGCAUACUCCCUGGCAGUUGACGCUGACCAAAGAAAGAAGAAUCUAAUCCCUAGGGCCGCCUUCACUGGGCAGUCGGCCUCUGACAACACCUUUGAGUCCAAAGGGACCCUCACCAUAGACGGCCAAGGAAAGAAAGAAUGCGUCACACGUGUGAUCGCCGUACAGGACAAUAUUCGGGAUAAACUGCGAGGGGUACCCAUCGACGUGGAUGUGGAAAUCAUGGAUGCCAAACGCAAACGCAGACAGAGCUCCUCCUCUGAAGUACCACCUGUCCUGGAUGCUAAAGACAAAAUGACAACUCGUUCUGAGGUGCAAUUUGUGAAGGAGGGUUGUGGCAGUGACAAUAUUUGCCGCAGUAACCUCAAGGUUGCUCAUCGCUAUGGCCACAGGACAACGGAUGACGACACUUUCACUCCGUUACCACUGGAGGACGGUGUGCCGGUGAUCUCGCUUAGCAACCAGAAAGACAUCGCCUUGGAGGUCAAGGUGAACAAUCAGAAUGGAGAUGACGCACACGAGGCGUCAGUUGUCGCUUCCUUCCCGCGUUCCCUCACCUACGCCGCGUUCCGCGGUCCCCCCAAUGGCGUAACUUGCACAGCCAAUAAGAACGGUUCUAAGGCUACCUGUGAACUUGGGAACCCCUUCAAGCGAGACUCUGAGACAACCUUCUACAUCAUUCUGAGCACAGCAGGCAUCUCACUGAACACAACUGAACUGGAGAUUGAUAUUCAGCCUAAAACCACCAGCGAGCAACCAUCACUAGCUGCUGUUAAAGCCAAAGCCAAUGUGGCCAUCACGCUGCAGCUGUCUAUAUCAGGACAAGCUCAGCCCUCUCAGGUGUACUUCUCAGGAAAGGCGAAAGAUCCGAAUGCCAUGAAGAGCGAGAGUGACAUCGGAAGUCCUAUCGCACACCAGAUUAGAAUCAUCAACCUUGCAAAGCGUCUGACGGACUUUGGCACCGCCACCCUGCAUAUUGACUGGCCCAAAACCACAGAGCAAGGCAAGGGGCUGCUCUACCUGAUGAAGAUCAGCUCCACUGGCGUGGAUCACAUCGAGUGCUCUCCUAAGUCAGAGAUCAACCCUCUCAAAAAGGAAGCAAGUAACAUCAGGGCGAGAAGGGCUUCAGAAAAGAUCCAGGAUAGCGAUGAGGGAAUUAUUUCACGUUUGGUGGACAAAAGGACCUCUAAAAUUCUGUCAUGUCACGAUGGGGCCAAAUGUGUAAGGAUCAAGUGUCCCCUGCAGGGCCUGGGCAGUAACGCGGUCAUCACCUUACACUCACGCCUCUGGAACAGCACUUUGAUAGAGGAUUACAAAAAGAUGCAUCAUGUGGAGGUGAUCGUUAAUGCGGCUUUGCAUGUUGAUAGCACGAGAAAGAACACGGUUCUGCAAAAUGCUGAGACACAGGUGAGAAUGACUGCCUUCCCUGAGAGGCGUGAAGCCCAAUAUGGAGGAGUGCCAUGGUGGAUCAUUUUCUUGUCAGUUCUGCUGGCGCUGCUCUUACUGGCACUGCUGGCUUUCCUUCUCUGGAAGUGCGGCUUCUUCAAGAGGGCCAGAUAUGAAGACACGGUUCCCAGUUACAACGCAGUUCGGAUUAAACGCAAGGACAGAGACCUAAACACUGACUGGCAAAAGAAAUCCUGGAUGACAACCUGGCAUGAUAAUGAACAUUCUUAAUGCAAAGCUUUCUGCAAGGACUGUAUAUAUCAAGAUAUCCAUUUGUAAAGAUGAUCAACCUUUGUGCUUCAGGGGCUAGUUUCAUUUUAAGUGUGUACAAACACAAAAGUACAGCAAAUGAUCCUGCACUACUGUUUGCUAAAGCGUUGUGUACAUUUUGUAGUGUUUUCAGUGUGGGAAUGAAAGGUGGGAAGGGUUUUUUUUUUUGUAUAUUUUUUCAAUGUUUUGCAAUUUCUUAUUUAUUCACUUAUGGGGUACUUUCUGUUACGUGCUCUGUAGACCAAAGAGUCAUGUAAUGCUAAACACUUUUUUUUUUAAAUCUAAAAACCAGCAAUGCAUCGGCUUUCAUUAGUAAAUCUCAUGUUUGAGAGAGACUGCAGUGUUUAUUUUUAGAGACAAGGAGCAAUGAUUUUCUUAAAUAAAUGAAAAGGUUGUCAUA